UGGAAGGAAAACCACGCAACGUUUAUGAAUGAACUAAAAAAUCUUCAGGCUUCGGGACUAACAACCCUUGGUCAGGCACUCAGGUCAUCUUUUGACUUGUUAAAUCUCAAUAGAUUAGUGUCUGGAAUAGACAACUAUGGACAGGGAAGGAAUCCAUUCUUUUUGGAGCCAUCUAUUUUGAUUACCAUCACAGACGGAAACAAACUGACAAAUACGGCUGGAGUUCAAGAGGAGCUUCAUCUUCCUUUGAAUUCUCCUUUGCCUGGAAGUGAACUAACCAAAGAACCAUUUCGUUGGGAUCAAAGGCUGUUUGCUCUAGUGCUGCGUUUGCCAGGAGCUGCAUCUGCUGAACCAGAGCAGCUUGGGAGUGUGCCUACUGAUGAAUCUGCUAUCACGCAGAUGUGUGAAGUUACAGGAGGUCGUUCUUACUGCGUUCGGACACAAAGAAUGUUGAAUCAAUGUUUAGAGUCUCUAGUUCAAAAAGUCCAAAGUGGAGUUGUUAUUAACUUUGAAAAGUCGGGACCGGAUCCAGCUCCUAUUGGAGAAGAUGGACUUGUUGAUUCAUCCAGGCCCAUCAAUUCAUUUGCUUCUCAACCGUGGCAUAGUUGUCAUAAACUCAUUUAUGUACGGCCUAACCCUAAAACUGGUGUUCCUGUUGGGCAUUGGCCAAUCCCAGAAUCUUUUUGGCCUGAUCAGAAUUCACCAACACUGCCUCCACGCACAGCUCACCCUGUUGUGAGGUUCUCCUGUGUGGAUUGUGAGCCAAUGGUAAUAGACAAGCUUCCUUUUGACAAGUACGAGCUUGAGCCUUCACCCUUAACACAGUACAUCUUGGAACGAAAGUCUCCUCAUACCUGCUGGCAGGUAUUUGUGAGUAGCAGUGGAAAAUACAGCGAACUUGGCCACCCGUUCGGGUAUUUAAAAGCAAGCACUACUUUAACCUGUGUAAACCUCUUUGUGAUGCCUUACAACUAUCCUGUUUUACUUCCGCUGUUAGAUGACUUGUUUAAGGUUCACAAACUUAAGCCAAAUCUGAAGUGGCGACAGGCUUUUGACAACUACUUAAAAACAAUGCCUCCUUACUACUUACUGCCAUUAAAGAAAGCCCUAAGGAUGAUGGGAGCUCCAAAUCUGAUAUCAGAUAAUUUAGAUUGUGGACUUAGUUACAGUGUUAUCUCUUACCUUAAAAAACUCAGCCAACAGACAAAAAUAGAGUCGGAACGGAUAAUAGGUUCAGUGGGUAAGAAAGUUCCACAAGAAAUUGGAAUAAAAGUGAAAAAUCACUCCAGUGGCCUCUCCUUGGUACACAGUAGGGAUUUUAAGCAACUGCUGCAAGGCAUCACUGGGGAAUCUCCACUGAGACUGGCGGAAAUGAAUGUUAAAGAAUUUGCUGGCUUCCACAUAGGACUUUUAAACAAGGAUUUGAAGCCACAGGCAUUCAGAAAUGCAUAUGAUAUUCCUCGUCGCAGUCUUCUAGACCAGCUAACUAGAAUGAGAACCAAUCUUCUGAAAACACACAGGCUUAUCUUGGGGCAGGAUGAAGACUGCCUUCAUAGUGUUCCUGUUGCUCAAAUGGGAAAUUACCAGGAAUACUUGAAAAUGAUGCCUUCACCCCUUCGGGAGAUUGACCCAGAUCAACCAAAAAGACUUCAUACGUUUGGCAAUCCAUUUAAACAGGAUAAGAAGGGUAUGAUGAUUGAUGAAGCAGAUGAAUUUGUCGCUGGGCCUCAGAAUAAGGUAAAGCGUCCUGGAGAGCCCAAUACUCCAGCGUCACUAAAGAGGAGGCGUAGCAUGUCACCGCUGUUGAGACGGCCGCAGUCACCACCCGUCGUAACGAAUCAUGUAGGUGGGAAAGGGCCACCGUCUGCUUCUGGAUCCCCAUCGUAUCUGAACCUCAAAGGCGUCCCAGCAAAUAAAGAUACUAAUAACAGUGUUGUCCAAGAUGGCAAUGGAGAGAAGAAAGCAGAAAAUUGUCAGUCACUGGAAAAGCAAAUUGAUGGCUUACCUGGGCAAAUGGCUCCUUCGGUUCCAGCUGCUAUGGGAGAGGAUGAAAUGUUGCCCAAUGACUUGGACUCUCUACCUGUUGAAUUCAAUUGUUUAAGUGAAGAUGAGUUGGAUCAUAAACCUGGAACCAACGCACUUGUUCGAGGGCCUCUAAAUUACAGUGUGACUGGAGAUGACCAAAAACGGGCGAUGGAGUCUACUUCUGAAUCUGUGCCAAAUUCAUUUAAAAUAACACCGAUGAUGUUGGAGGGAAGCAAUGCUGAUACCAAAAUAAAAGUGAUGAAAGAGGUUCGCAAACCUGGAAGAAAUUAUGAAAAAAUUUUCACUCUUCUUGAGGAGGUGCAAGGACCUAUGGAAAUUCAGAAGUAUUUCAUUGAAUUUGCUAUCAAGGAAGCAGCAAGGUUUAAAAAACGGGUCUUAAUACAACACUUAGAGAGAAUACUAGAGGAACUAGAGUUCAACAGCCUCCCCAACAGAGUUAAUCAUGUCAACAGUAGAUAAUAAUGUACCGGCCAGACGGAUACGGACCAGGAAUGAGUUUGCUGUGCCGCAGAAGAGUGGAAGAGGACGUAGCUGCUGCCCUCACCAUCUUGGCAGUCAAGUGAUUUUACUGUCACAGUCUGAGAAGAAGCAGUGGAGCUUUAACUUUAAGAACCUCUAUCGGCAGAAGCUGGGCUAUAACCUUAAGGAUUUGCUAUGAAAGGUGUGGCUUUUUUCCUGUGGAGGGUGCUAUUUGCUCAACAGGCUGAAGAAAAUAACCAUUGCUGCCCCUCCUGCAGGUGAUGAGAAUUUACUCGUUUGAACGCUGUCAUUAGACAUUUACGUGCUAUAGGCAGCAGGUUGCACUAAAAUGGGGCACUGUCAAAUGCACACACUGUCUGCAUCGUGGAGAGAGCCCGUGUGUUCCCAAAAAAAAAAAAAAAAACCUUCCCAGAAACACCUGCACUGGUAAAAUUGCAUGUUGCCACCACAGAGACAAGGGUCUUGUUCCCAAGAACUGCUAGCCAUGCCUUUAAACUUGAGAUUCAGUGUAGAUUGAGAGUAAAGAAACUGCUAUUGUGUUAAUGAAAGCUAAAGACAGCCCUGUGACUGUUACCACCUGAUGGUCACUAAACAAUCUACCUCAGACUCUCUUCUGUUUUGUCUGCAGACAUUAUGAAAGUGCACCUGAGGCUUCCCAGGUCCCCGACUUCAGUUCUCUUUCAUCCUGUGAGGAGGACGGAGAUUCUUCAGGUGGCCUUGGCACACGCUGUGCUUUGGAAGCACUAAAAGGAAACGCUUUUAAAAACGUGUAUUUUAAUGUUCAUACAAAAGAGAUUAUUUUGAACAGUAUUGUUACCAGAUCACUAAUUUGAUAUUUUAACUGUAUAAAUUUUUUGGAACAUAUGUAUAUAUAAAAUAAACCAUUUUAUUAAUUUUUAAUAAGCGCUAAUCUGA